AUGAGCGUUAUUUUAUAUGCCUCUGCGCAAGGAACUGCAAAAGGCCUUGCUGAACAGAUUGGUAAAGAGACAGUCAUUACAGUUAAGGAUGCUAAGGAUGUUCAGCCAUCAGAACUCCCAACAUACGAAAAAAUUAUCUUCGUCCCAGCUUCAUACGGCCGUGGUGACCCACCAGCCGAAUACAAGGACUGGUAUGCUAGCUUCAACGCUUUUAAAGGUGAUCUUAGCAAGGCCAAGUUUGCCGUUCUUGGUGUUGGAUCUGCAAACUACAAGCGUAGCUUUGUUGGCUUCGCAAAGAAGAUCGAGGCUAAGUUAACUGCUCUUGGUGCCACAAAGAUCUGUGAUAUGGGUAUUGCUGAUGAAACAGAAGAAAAGUCUACAGACCUCAACGAGUUCAUUAACAAUGUUAAAUAA